AUGCAGUCCCCUUGCUGUUGCCUGCUCUCCCUCCUCCUCUACCUCUUCCUCCUCUCUGGGACAUGGGCAGACCUGGAGGGGACCUUCACUCUCCGGCUGCUCCAGACCUCCACCUUCCAGAACACCUCGUUUGUGGACACGGAGGGGCUGGGCCUGCUGGAAGACAUCAAACUUGGUUCUCUUGAUAAACGCACAUGGUCCAUCCACUUCUGCCAGCCCUGGUUGCUCUCAGCCCUGCCCCAACCUCACUGGGACACCAUUGAGAACAUGGUUAAGGCCAUGGGAGGCUGCAUACUGCACCCCAACAGAACCUCCCAGGCCUUUGCCUACAUGGGUUACAAUGGUCAGGAUUUCCUCAGCUUCGACACAAAGAAUCCCACCUGGACCUUCUCCCAGGACACCACGUUGUCACGGUAUGUCAAGGCACUUCUUCAGAACUACACUGCCUUUAUCGACAUGGUGGAAAUGAUCCUCAAUGAUACUUGUGUCGAUGAGAUGAAGAUGCUCCUGCAGUAUGGGAGGGCAGCUGUGGAGAGACAAGAGCUGCCUGUGGCCACGGUCUUCGCCCGCGGCCCCAGCCUAGGCCAGCUGCUGCUCGUUUGCCACGUCACUGGCUUCUACCCGCGUCCCAUCAGCGUGGCCUGGCUGCGGGAUGGCCAGGAGGUGCCUCCGGGGCCGGCGCUCAACACCAGCCCCAUCCUGCCCAACGCUGACCUCACCUACCAGCUCCGCAGCGUCCUGGCCGUGGCCCCCCGGGACGGGCACAGCUACGUCUGCCGUGUGCGCCACCACAGCCUGGGCACCCGCAGCCUCCUCAUCCCAUGGGGGAACUCCGAAGUGGUGCUGAUCACAGGGCUCGUGGCCGGGCUGCUUGCAGCCGUGGCCAUGGCUGCCGUGGUGGUGCUUUGGGUGUGGAGACAAAGAAGCACCAGGCAAUGGAGGAAUCAAAGUCCAGGAACUCCAUCCUGAGCAAAGGAGCUUAGUUCAGCAGGGAGCCAACAGUCCCAAUUCCCUCCCACUGCCUUCACAGCAACUUUUUCUGCUUCAACUAAGUUUUAGGUGUUGCCAGUUGCAAGACUUAACUCGAUUCAGAGAUGCACAAGAGAAACCUGGCAAGAGAAACCUGAGCUGUUGAUGCACUUGAACUUUCUAAACAGACACAAAUUCAUUCUGAGACCUUCUCAUUUGUUACACAUGAUCAUCUCUUAGCUUGUGGCACUGGCCAGUCCACCUACUGAUGCUCUAGGGCACCUCAAUGCCCAGUGGCAAAUUCUUCUGGUUCUACUUCAGUAACGGUUUUGUCAGAAGCUGGAAAGCUGUCUCCUUCAACUGGUAUAUUUUUUCCUAAAAAUUGCCUUUAUUAACCAUAUUGCAGAAAUAAUUGUGCUGAGACUGAAC